CGCGGGCAUAAGACGCAGGGCAAGCAUUUGCUGAGGUAUUCCGACCAUGUCGCACUACCCAGAGGCUGAUGAGGCUCAACGAGGGCGUUAUAACGACGGAUACAAUCCUUACGGCGGUCCCCAUCCAUAUGAGCAGCCUCCGAAUCACGACAACCCGUACGAGAAUCCCUAUGGCAGACCCUUGUCGGACCCGUUUGCUACGCCAGCACCCCCUCCUCAGCCGAGCGCAUACCACACCCCGGCUCCGGCGGCUCACGACCCUUUUACGACCCCUUCGCAUCUGCCUCCGCCUAUGCCAUUAUCUCCACCUCCACCCCCGCAGGUGGACUACAUGAGCCCGCACUACAAUCCCAAUUAUGCCCUGCAGUCAUCUCCGCCGCCACCUCCCCCGCUGAACCCUAAUCCGUACGGCCCGUCGUACGAGGCCUUGCCAGUGGAGGACCAUGACCACGAUGCAGGCGAGUACGGCGAUAUACCCCUUCUGAACCGGGCGCCGUCCUCGCGCUCGCAGGACUCUUGGCAGCACAUACCGGGAGAAUAUGGCGAUGCGACGGGGGACGACCGGUCGGAGACGAAUAUCAGGUACGGGCGCAUUCCUCAGCGGGUGCCUCGGAGGUACAAGACAAUCAAGAAAGUCGAGCUGUUCCACGGGAACUUUGUGCUGGACGCGGCUGUGCCGUCGAAGCUGUUGGAUAUGUGCGCGCAGCGGAAUGAGCGCGAGUUUACGCACAUGCGGUACAGCGCGGCGACGUGCGACCCGAAUGAUUUCAAGGAUUCUGGCUUCACGCUGCGACAAGUGCACUACGACCCACCACGACGCACGGAGCUCUUCAUAGUGAUGACGAUGUAUAACGAGGACGAGGAGCUGUUCUGUAGGACUAUGCACGGCGUGAUCAAGAACAUCGCGCAUCUCUGUAAGCGCGACCGCAGUAAGACGUGGGGCAAGGAGGGGUGGAAGAAGGUAGUGGUGUGCAUUGUCAGCGAUGGGCGUCAGAAGAUCAACACCAGGACGCUGAGUGUCAUCGCCGCCAUGGGGGCCUAUCAAGACGGUGUGGCCAAGAAUAUUGUAAAUGGAAAACCUGUCACGGCACAUAUUUACGAGUAUACCACGCAAAUUUCCGUUACCCCUUCGAUGAAGAUCGAAGGUGCCGAGCGCGGGACAGUUCCUGUGCAGAUUAUCUUCUGCCUGAAGGAGAAGAACCAGAAGAAGAUCAACUCGCACCGAUGGUUCUUCAACGCUUUCGGGCCCAUCCUGCAACCGAACGUCUGUGUCCUGCUGGACGUGGGGACCAUGCCGGGCCCGACAAGUAUCUACCAUUUGUGGAAGGCAUUUGACAUCAACAGUAAUGUCGGAGGAGCUUGCGGGGAGAUCGUGGCGAUGAAGGGGAAGUUCGGCCAACACCUCAUCAAUCCACUCGUCGCUGCUCAGAACUUUGAGUACAAGAUGUCGAAUAUCCUAGACAAGCCAUUAGAGUCUAUCUUUGGAUAUAUCACUGUCCUGCCGGGAGCCUUCAGUGCCUACCGGUACAUUGCUCUGCAGAACGACGCCGUGGGAGAGGGGCCGCUACAGAAGUACUUUUUGGGAGAGAAGAUGCAUGGAGCCGGCGCCGACAUAUUCACGGCAAAUAUGUACCUUGCGGAGGAUCGUAUUCUUUGCUGGGAAUUGGUGUCUAAGCGCGGGGGUUCUUGGAUUCUGCACUACGUGAAGUCCGCGUACGCGGUUACGGACGUGCCAGAUCAAGUCCCGGAGCUGAUAUCGCAACGUCGUCGAUGGCUCAACGGCUCAUUCUUCGCGGCGAUACACAGUACCGUGCACUUCCACUAUAUCUAUCGCUCAUCCCACUCCUUCCUGCGGAAGUUCUGGAUCCACGUCGAGAUGAUCUAUCAGACGUUUAACCUGAUAUUCUCAUGGUUCGCCCUGGGUAACUAUUAUAUCGCCUUCGUCAUCUUGUCCCAAGCGUUGGAGGAUCCCAGCUUCAAAAUAACGGGCAUCAAAUAUGUGAACAUUGUUCUGCAAUACUUCUAUCUAGGACUGCUCGUCAUGUGCUUCCUGCUCUCGCUGGGUAACCGGCCUCAAGGGUCGAAGUGGGGAUAUACGCUGUCCUUUAUUGGAUUUGCAUUAAUCACCAUUUACAUGACGUUCUCUGCGUUUUUCCUGGCGUUCAAGGGAGUAGAGAACGUGUCUCAUGUCGAAGGACGACCGAUACAGGCAUCCGACAUCUUCUCCAGCGCCGUGUUUCGGAACAUCGUGAUAUCGAUCGCAGCCACCCUGGGUCUUUACAUCAUUGCAUCCCUGAUUUUCUUCGAACCAUGGCAUAUGAUCACCUCGUUCCUGCAAUACACGUUGAUGGCUCCGUCGUAUAUCAAUGUUUUGAACGUCUAUGCCUUUGCUAAUGUCCACGAUGUAUCCUGGGGAACUAAGGGCGAUAACAAAGUCCAAACGGAUCUAGGUGUCGUGCAAGUGGGCAAGAACAAGAACGAGGUGGAGGUUGUAGUUCCAACCGCGGAAACGGACAUCAAUGCUGCGUAUGAAGAUGCGAUCCAUAUGCUGUCCACGAAACCGCCGAAGCAGGAAUCCAAGCCAGAUCCGCAGACUGAGCAGGAAGAUUAUUACCGGAGCUUCAGGACUAAGGUUCUUCUCGCUUGGGUGUUGUCAAAUGGCGCUUUGGCUGCAGCUGUAGUCUCUGCCACAGAGAAGAAUAAUGCGUCCAAGGCUGUUAGCGGAUACAUGGCUUUUGUCCUCUUCUCCGUUGCUGGUCUCGCAUUCGUAAGAUUUAUAGGCUCCACAACUUACAUGCUCGUCCGCCUCUUUGCCGGAGAGUAAACCGGCGCAAUCGCCUGGUGUAGAGAGUACGUGAAGAAGGAAUGGCCUUGCGCUUUGAUUAUUGUGACCCGGACAGCUUGGACAUGCUGAUUUGCUUUGCUCUCGUCUGUUCAUACCCUCAUCUAGCAUAUUAUUAUCUGUUAUACCAAUAGCUGGUACCGUCGUGUAGCGUGCACCCGAUUAAAACCUUGAUUAUUCUGGGA